AACCGUCGGAUUGAAUAUAGAAGGGGUGAACGACAUGCCGGUGAGGUGCUGAAAGCUCAAAGCGUCAGGAUGUAGUCCGAGCGAUGAGCUCAGGGCCACGGACAGACACACCUUCUUCACCGCAUCGUCCAGCGCAUUCUUCAUCUCUCCGAGGUUUGACUUGCUGACGUGGACCGUUGGAAGUGGAUCACUCGCCAAGAUAUCCACACUGCUAUCCAUUUUCAAGUCUGCCAAACCAUCCUGCCCAUGCUGCCCAUCCGCCAUGAUCCCCUUGCCUUUGUUCUUCUUGCCGGACAUGUUGUAGAACUCGCAACCCAAGAUCAGAGUGUAUCAAUCUUCGGUCCCUUCUACUGCUUCAUUCUUUAGCGCCAGGCAGAGGACACUGAAUCGUUGUCGUCUACGGUCGCCUUCGCUGUCGUCGUCCUCACUGUCAACUGUCAGAUGAUCACCGUAGAACCAAACGCGUAUUACGUGGCACUGAUUCAACGGAACCAAAUUUUCACUGGCGAUUGCCGUGACGUUGAGGAGGUGGACGAUGGUGAUCAUGUCGAUGAUGGACACGACAGCAUGAACAAGUUCUUCACAGGUCUAGCGGAUGCGCUGGCCUGGGGUGGUGGCAAGCGAUUCAAAGGCAGAGAUCUCAGUGGGAACAAGUAUUAUGAGAUAGCCAAGCCAUCAGGAGGUGGUCGGCCGAAACGAAGUGUCAAAUACAACAACAUUGAACAUUUGUCCGAUUACACUUCAGGCAAGGUCAACCUGCCAGUUCAAUGGCGAGCAUGGCUAUCACAUACCCGUCCGAAUCCACCUUCAGUGGAGGAACUCGAAGCUGAUCAUUUACGUCAAACGAAUCUGACGCCCCUCGUCGCUGCUAUAGAAGAACGUGAACGUGCCGAGAGGAUUCGUCAAGGGUAUGCCUCCGACUCGGAUAUACGAUUAUCCAUCCAUUCGCAUUCACCGGAAUAUCAUCGAUUAUUUGGAGGGGAUGCCAUCGCAGGUCCUUCGUCAGUCAAGGUCGAUGAAUCGAGAUCAAGGCGAAGUGCAGUUGAAUCUAUCGAUCAAUCACAGCGGGAACACUAUGCGUCAAUUGACGGUGAUACCCUUUCGUCUGGACCAUCAACGUCACAUAGACUCUCCACACCUGCUGCUCCCCUUGAGGAAAACGCCCCUCGAUCACCUUAUCCUAUCCCCACACCGACAUCUCCCGGAGUGCCACCACCUCCGGAUGUGGUCGAUCCAUCUCAACACGCCACAAAAGAGGACCUCCGAAGACUCUCAGAGGAAGACACAAAGAGGCGAAUGGCUGAAACAGGGACACCACAGCCCUGGGUACCUUCACCAAAGCCCCCGUCAGCACCUGAACAAGGUGUGCUGAAACCUAGGCGAAGAGGCGGGUCGGCAUCGUUCGACGACAUAUGACCCAAACUGGACCAUGAGCACCUUGUAUUCAUACACUGGGCAAAAUGCAUAUUACCACCCUCACUCGAACCUGAAACAAGAACCCCCCAGACUA